CUGAUAUUGAUUGGACUAGAAGAGUAUGAUUCUUGCGUAAUAGCCUUUAUAAAAGUCGCUUGCCAUACUGAAAGCCUCUCUAAUAAUUCUAUAUAAAUGCUACAAUAGCAGAGAUGAUCAAUACGAUUUUUAUACUUUUGCACCUAUUACUACCAUUUGCUUUCACUUAGGUACCUCUAAACAAAUAUCAGGCAAAAGCAUUUCGUUUUAGUCUCAAACUAGCGGUUCUUAAAUUUUACUUUUAAGCGACAAAAUGAUUAUCGUCGCUUUACGUUGCAAUGUGACAAGCGCCUUAUUUAGGGGGUUCUAUCAAUACCUCGAAAAUCUAUUUCGAGUUUUGAAACACCCUAUAUAAGUCUAAAUAUGGUAAAUAUUCACAUCAAAGGCUUUCGAUAAUCGAAAUUAGAAGAUUAAUUAAGGUUAAAUAUGACCUUACAUGUGUCAGCGAUCAAGAGACCGCUUUGAUACAAGAAAGUAGUAUUUCAAAAGCUAUGGUAUGAUAUAAGGAGUAAUGAAUGAUGAUUAACCUUGCAUUUGGGGCUGCUAACAGGGUGACGUAUUUUUUAGGGUAAAUUACAGGUAACACUCCAAACCGUUGGCGAUGUAAACGAUGAUUUUUCAAUGGUUUGGUAAAUUCAGGAAAUAUCUGCAUCCAAGGACUCUCAUUUAAAGCCAGCUCUAAGAUUUUACGAAGUUCUGAGUAACUCUCGCGAAGUCGUCCGCCGUGCAAGAAGAAUAUCAUUGUCGAAGCUGCUUGGAAAUCUUUGACCUAUUAUUUACAGCAUAUUUUGUUAAAUUUUUUUUCAUUUCGACCCUACCACCCGUUGCUAGAAAAUUUAAAUGAUUUUGCUCUUUUUUUCUUAACCUUUUUCCGCUUGCCUAAUAUUCCUGCAUGAAUUGAGCGUCGAUAUAAACAAAAGACGCUUUUUUUUGUUCUUUUCGCAACUUUUCAAUCCGGGCAACCUCGGAAUCAGUUUCCAACAAAGAAAUAUUGCGCAUGUUCACAAAUUGCAAUCAUUUUUAGCAUCAUAAAAUAAGUUACUUUUUCGGCUAUUUUAUGUCCUGUUCUGUGUCUGCUGACUCGCUUAAUUCAUCCAACUGGGCAGCUCUACUCAACUGGUUGAAAGCUGUGCCUUCGCCACCUGCGCGAACAUCGACCCCUGCUGCUGUAUCUUCUUCAGCAAGAGCGAGCAGUCCGGCAGGGGGUGGAUGCACUAGUUCUGGCCAAGCGGCACCAGCGAAAUCUGUCGGAUCAAGUGGAAUUUUACUUGUUUCAUCCCCACUGGCGACAUCUACGAACUCUGCAUCGUCGCUAACGAACCCGACGAAUGCCGGCGUGAUGGCCGCGGCCGAUUGUCUGACUUCGCUGUGUAUCAACCAUUCGAGCAGCAAUUCCGGAGGACAGCAGACAGGAGUAGGCAGCGGCCCAGGUAUCGCGGCAGGAGAUUCCGAUGAAGACACUCCAGCGAUUCUUGGCGAUGAACGCCGCAAAGACCUAGCCAAGAGUUUCCAGAGGGACGUUAGUGGAAAGUUUAACUGUGCCUUCUGCCCGUACUCGACGGAACAUCACGGCAGUAUGAAAAACCAUCAGAUGACACACACUGGUGAAAAACCCUAUGAGUGCGGUACUUGCGGGAAAAAGUUCAUCCAGAAAGGAAACUGGCGACGCCACGAACUUCGUGUCCACUCCGCGCAGACAGCCCCGAAAGGGUUCACAUGCCCUCAGUGUUCCAAAGCUUUUCCCGAACUUCACCUCAUGACAGCUCAUCACAUCACAGCUCAUCUGUCACCGCACGGGCUUCUUGCCAACGGCGCUGCCAAUGCCGCAGCGCAGCACUUUAAAAAGGACAUAUUGUCUAUUUUGGAUGCUACGUUGAGCGGUGUUAAACGCAAGGAUAAGACGUGUGAGGUUUGCCUAAAACAGUUUGCCUCGCGGCAUGACAUGGAGCGACACAUGCGAGUUCACACCCGUGAGCGGCCGUUCAUUUGUCCUUUGUGCACUACUGGCUUCACACAGAAAUCCUCCUUGAAGUCGCAUCUCUACUCCGUGCACAAUCUUUCUACACCAGGUAAUAUGUAGGCCGGCAAGAGAGAGAACAACUACCAGUUGUCGAGAUAUCUGCAGCUCUCAGUGGCAACGCCUCAUAAUCGAAAGAUAAUCGUGAUGCACGAAAACAAAAAAAGUUACUAACAGGUUA